CCCAAAGUGCUGGGAUUACAGGCGUGAGCUACUGCCUCCCGCCAAUAGUUGCAUUCUUUUUAGUUUCUGAUAAGCCUUUCCAAAGGAGGCAAUGAGAAUAUGCAUCUAUCUCAGUGAGGAGAGGGAUGACUUUGAAUAGAAUGGGAGGCAAGUUUGCCCUGAGCAGUUCCCAGAUUGACUUUUCCCUUUAGUUUAGUAAUUUUUGAGGCCACAAGAUUUUCCUUUCACAGAUUCUAUGAGCAGGAGAGUUGUUUUUUGUAGGAAUCACAGAGAUUCAACUUUGAACUCCUGCUUUAGGGGAGCACAUCUCUCACUUUCUUGAUUUGCCUUAGGGACUCUAAUGCUUCUGAGGGCCUUCAGAAACGUUAUAACACAAUAACGUUUAUCAGCCUCUGCUUCCAGUGUAGGUAUUUUACGACUGAAUGACUGUUUCAAACGGUGAGGUAAUUUGGAUUUUUAGCCUUUGGGAGAAUUCUAAAUAAUAGUUUUAGCUUGAGCUUCCUAUUAUUUAGCUUGAGCUCCCCGAAAUCUGAAAUAGUAUUUUUCCAAUUCUUGAGUGAUUAGUUACAGACACUAGUCUCCAGGAAUCUCAGUUACGGUUUCUAAGGCUAGGUGAGGCCCGUCCUCUGCCCCGGAAGGGCGCGCUUUUAAGGAAAGCCCCUGACCUGACGGCGGGCUUUUCCCGCAAAUGCGCCUCUGGGUAGCGCUCUCUUUACUGCCUUGGAACUUGUUGAACUACAAUACCCAGAAAGCUCUGCGUUGAAGGACAGUGCGUCAGAGCCAAUGAGGGCUCGGAAGGGAGGCAUUUCCGUGUGUGCACCUAACGUAGGGCCGGUACUUCCGGGGUCCUUCAGUAGCGGCCAAGUUGAUCCACGAUGCGCGUGUUUGUCCAGUGAGUGGCCUGGGUCUGCUAGGUGGGGCCGCGGUGACUGAACCCCGAAGGUGGAGAGGAAUCGUCCUUGGUGCCCAGAGGCCGCUCUGCAGUCCUGUGGCGGCUCCCACUGCUCCUAGGCCGUGCUUCCCCAAGUAGUCCGAUGGCAGCGGCUGUGCCGAGGCGCCAAACUCAGGGCACAGUGACUUUUGAAGACGUGGCUGUGAAAUUUACCCGGGAGGAAUGGAAUCUCCUUAGUGAGGCUCAGAGAUGCCUGUACCGUGAUGUGACCCUGGAGAACCUGGCACUUAUAUCCUCCCUGGGUUGUUGGUGUGGAGUGGAAGAUGAGGAGGGACCUUCUAAGCAGAGUAUUUAUAUACAAAGAGAGACUCAGAUCAGGAUUCCUAUGGCAGGUGUGUCUCUUAAGAAAGUCCACCCCUGUGAGAUGUGUGGCCCUAUCUUAGGAGACAUUCUGCACGUGGGAGAUCAUCAGGGAACACAUCCCAAGCAGAAACUGCACAGCUGUGAGGCCUGGGGGAACAAAUUGUAUGACAGUGGAAACUUUCAUCAACACCACAAUGAGUACAUUGGAGAGAAACCCUUCAGAGGCAGUGUUGAGGAAGUGUUGUUUGUGAAGAGGUAUAAGUUCCAUGUGUCAGGGGAGUCAUCUGUCUUCAGUCAGAGUGGGAAGGACUUUUUGCCCAUUUCAGUAUUGCUUCAACAGGAGGCCAUUCACACUGGGGAGAAGUCAAACAGUAAAACCGAGUUUGUGUCUCCCUUAUGUGGGAAAUCCUUUAGCAAAUAUGAUAGCUUCAGUAAUCAUCAGAAAGUUCACACUGAAAAAAAACAUUAUGAGUGUGGAGAAUGUGGGAAAUCCUUUAGCAAAUAUGUUAGUUUCAGUAAUCAUCAGAGUGUUCACACUAGAAAAAGACCUUAUGAAUGUGGAGAAUGUGGGCAAUCCUUUAGCAAAUAUGAUAGCUUCAGUAAUCAUCAGAGAGUUCACACUGAAGAAAAACAUUAUGAGUGUGUAGAAUGUGGGAAAUCCUUUAGCAAAUAUGUUAGCUUCAAUAAUCAUCAGAGAGUUCGCACUAGAAAAAGACCUUAUGAAUGUAGAGAAUGUGGGAAAUCCUUUAGCAAAUAUGAUAGCUUCAGUAAUCAUCAGAGAGUUCACGCUGAAAAACAUUAUGAAUGUGGAGAAUGUGGGAAGUCCUUUAGCAAAUGUAUUAGCUUCAGUAAUCAGAGAGUUCACACUGGAAUAAGACUUUAUGAAUGUGGAGAAUGUGGGAAAUCUUUUAGUCAAAAGAGCAGCCUCAUUCAACAUCAGCGAUUUCACACUGGAGAAAAACCUUAUGGGUGUGAAUAAUGUGGGAAAUACUUUAGCUUAGAAGUAUAUCUUAGACGUCAUCAACCAGUUCACGCUGAAGAAAGACCUUUUGAGUGUGGAGAAUGUUUGAAAUCUCUUAGUUCAAACCAGAACCUUAGGAACCAUCAACGCCUUCACACUGGAGAGAGACCUUACGAGUGUGGAGAAUGUGAGAAAUCUUUUAGUCAGAAGCGCAGCCUUGCUUACCAUCAGCGCAUUCACGCUGAAGUAAGACCUUACCAGUGUGGAGAAUGUGGGAAAUCUUAUAUUUCAAAGGGGCACCUCAGGAGCCAUCAGCGCAUUCACACUGGAGAAAGACCUUAUGAGUGUGGAGAAUGUGGGAAAUCUUACAAUGAAAAAGGGCACCUUAGGAGUCAUCAGCGAGUUCACGAAAGACCUUGUAAGUGUGGAGAAUGUGGGAGAUGUUUUAAUCACAAGAGUAACCUCAUUCAACACAAGCUUGGUCAUAUUAGAAAAAGGCCUUCUGUGUGUAGGGAAUAUGGAACAUUAUUUAAGAGGAAGUCUCACCUCCUUGCACACCAGAGAAUUCACGGUGGAGAAAAGCCCUAUGCGUGUGAGGCUUGUCAGAAAUUUUUUAGGCACAAGUACCAACUCAUUGCACACCAGAGGGUUCACACUGGAGAAAGGCCAUAUGAAUGCAAUGAUUGCGGGAAGUCAUUUACCCACAGCUCUACGUUCCAUGUUCAUAAGAGAGUUCACACUGGUCAGAAGCCUUAUGAGUGUAGUGAAUGUGGGAAAUCUUUUGCUGAAAGCUCCAGUCUCACUAAUCACAGGAGAGUUCACACUGGAGAAAAGCCUUACGGGUGUAGUGAAUGUGAAAAGAAAUUUAGAAAAAGCUCUUCACUUCGUUACCAUCAGAGAGUUCAUGAAAGAAAGGCCUUAUGAGUGCAGUGAGCCCGGUCUCAGUAAAUACAGGAGAGCACACACCUGAGUAAGAUCUUGUGAUUGCAGCAAAUGUGGAAAAUGUUUACCCGAAGGUCUGCUCUCCUUGGACAUUGGAGAGUUCACACUAGAGAAGAGUCCUUACAAGUAAAAUAAAUUCAGCAGUUUUGUAGCCACACCUCUGUAUUCCUUCAGGGUUAUAUUUAACACUGAAUGAAGGCCUUACUAGUGUGACAAAUAUAGGACAUUUAUCCAGAAGUCUGGCUUCAUAACUCACAGGAGAGCUGUCACUAUGGAAAUGCCUUUUGAGUGUAAUGUUUGCAAAAAAGGAUUGUGCCUUCUCAUUGGAUCCUAGAACACUGAGAUGAGAAAAACACUGUAGAUGUAUAGGGAAUGUUAUUUUUUCAUUUUUUUGGAGAGGGUCUCACUCCAUCACCCAUGCUGGAGUGCAGUGCUGCGAUCAUAGCUCACUGCAUCCUCCGCCCCCUAGGCUCAAGUGAUCCUCCAAUCUUAGUCUCCAUGUAGCUGGGUCCACAGGCGUGCACCACCAUGCCUGGCUCUUUUCUUGUAUUAGUAGAGAUGGGGUUUUACCGUGUUUCCCAGGCCAGAAUUGAACUCCUGAGGUCAAGCAAUCUGUACACCUCCGCUUCCCAAAGUGCUGAGAUUCUAGGUUUGAGCCAGUGCUCUGCCAGUUAUGCUUUUCUGUGUAACAUGAGAGGAGAUCCUUUGAGGGUGCCAUGUGCCCAGAUUGAAAAAACUCCAGGCAUGUGGCAUCUGUACUAUAUUUUUUAGUAUGCCCUGUUACCUUGCUAGAUUUAUGUGACUGCCACUUCUCUGGCAAAAGCCAUUACACCUCAGCUACUUGGUAGGUGCCCACAUUGCAUCAUUCACCUAUUUCGUAUUCUAGAAGUACCCAUUCACGAGGAAUUGUAUUGUAUCCCAUUCACGAGGAAUUGUAUUGUAUCCCAUUCGCGAGGAAUUUUUAAGUUUUUUUGUUUGUUUGUUUGUUCGUUUUUUGGUUUUUUUGUUUGUUUGUUUGUUUUUG